AUGGAUCUUAACAAUGUUCUAAAUUUUGUUGUGGAGGAUUGGAGGCGUGGGGAACUAGGCGCCAUAAAUGACACCCUCCGGGGACUAGGGCCUCGGACCUUUGAGGUCCCGGCGCGGGGUGGUGAGACCACCAUCCGAGGGGUCCUGCAAGUGGCAAGCCACAACGCAUUCAUGACCAUGGGCCCAAUGUGUCACCGCAUAACUGUGGCGACGCAUUUCCUCCGGGUGCAUGGCAUCUGGAUCCUCCGCGGCGACGGAGGAUCCGGGGUCCAUGUACCCGGUGGAAGUGGCUAUGGUAGCCCCAUAAGCCACCACACCACACUCCACCACACCAACACGACUCCACUUGAUCUACCACCCUCCACUUGA